UAGAAUAGAACCUGCAGUAGACCUUCCUGCCAUCGUGAAAAAUGGCUGCUGUACUCGAUGAGGUCGGCAAAUCCGCUGAAAAACUCAUUGAUGAGGAAGCCGACGAUGUCGUUGACGAUGAAGAUGACACUGGGCCUACUGAUGUAACCAAGAAAAAGAAGAAGAAAAAGAAGAAGAAGAAGACUCCUGCAGGGGAGACGCCAACUCCAGAGGCCACAGAGGACAGGAAGGAGGAUGAGAGUGAAGGUCAGGAAGGAGCUGGAGAAAAUGGAGGUGAUGCAGACGAAGUCAAGAAGAAGAAGAAGAAGCGCAAGCCCCGAGGCAAGGGGGCGAAGCAGCAGACAGAUCCCCCAACUCUCCCAGUGUCUGACCUCUUUCCCGACGGCAAUUUUCCGGAGGGUCAGAUAAUGGAGCAUCCCCCGGCAGCUGGUGUGGACGACAGAACCGCCAAGGAUAGAUUCACCAGUGAGGAGGCAAGAGCUUUCGACAGAAUGCACAAUGACAUUUACAUGGAGGCACGUCAGGCCGCUGAGGCCCAUCGUCAGACCCGAAAGCACAUAAUGAACUGGGUAAAGCCUGGAAUGUCCAUGAUUGAGAUAUGUAAUGAGCUCGAGAACACCGCUAGGAGGCUUAUCGGUGAAGAUGGCCUCAAGGCUGGUCUGGCAUUUCCCACUGGAUGCUCCAGGAAUCACUGCGCUGCUCACUACACUCCCAAUGCCGGGGACACAACUGUCUUGAACUACGACGAUGUUACCAAGAUUGACUUUGGGACUCACAUAAACGGCAGAAUUAUUGACUGCGCAUUUACCCUGGCCUUCAAUCCCAAGUAUGAUAAGCUGAUCGAGGCGGUGCGCGAUGCCACUAAUACUGGAAUCAAGGCCGCUGGUAUUGAUGUUCAGCUUUGCGACGUGGGAGCUGCUGUUCAGGAGGUGAUGGAGUCGUACGAAGUGGAGAUUGAUGGAAAAACCUAUCAGGUUAAAUCAAUUAGGAAUCUUAAUGGGCAUUCAAUCGCACCCUACCGCAUUCACGCAGGUAAAACAGUCCCAAUAGUGCGUGGUGGUGAGGCCACCAGGAUGGAGGAGAACGAGUUCUAUGCGAUUGAGACGUUUGGAUCCACUGGUCGUGGUGUUGUCCAUGAUGACUCUGAUUGCUCGCAUUACAUGAAGAGCUUCGAUGCUGGUUUUGUUCCUCUGAGGCUCCAGAGCAGUAAAUCAUUGUUGAAUACCAUCAACAAGAACUUCAGCACUCUGGCAUUCUGCAAACGCUGGUUAGAUCGAGCUGGCUGCACCAAGUACCAAAUGGCCCUCAAGGAUUUAUGUGACAAGGGUGCAGUAGAGGCAUACCCACCACUAGUAGACGUUAAAGGCUGUUACACAGCUCAAUUCGAGCACACCCUCGUUCUACGUCCAACCUGCAAGGAAGUUAUCUCACGUGGUGAUGAUUAUUAAUCCUCCCCAAGGUCGAUCGUCAAACAUAAGCUGCAGGACCACUUACAAGCGUGUAUUGGUGCAUUAAUACGCUACGAUGGAUGACGAAGGUCGAGAGGAUCAUCAAUGCUGAUCUUUUUCUACUUACUGUUCAUUUUCGAUACGUUUCUUCUCUCCUGUUUUACCAGUUUUCUUUCUCUUUUCUUACUGAUUAUUGAUGACAUGAGAGAAUUAAUAUGACUGUUGAAUAAAAAACAGGAAAUAUGUGGUA